GAAAAUCUUACAGCCUUGGUAUUUAAGGUUGUUCUUCUGGGAGAUGGCAGAGGACAGAUUUAUACAUAUUUAGGCAGAGGGAAUUGAAUUGUGCUCUUCUAUUUUCUGACCGGUCACUGCAGAGUGUAUAUAUCCGUCCAGGGGAAGGAUCACAAGCUGCUGGACACAGUAAUGACCAUCCAGCAUGUGGAAGAUAUUACCAGUGUGACACAGCUCUUGACAGUGAGUUAAGGGGCCAGUGGUUAUUGAAAAUGGAAGAAACAAGAGAGCUCUCUCCAAAGCCAUGUAAAAGCAAAGAACCUGUGAAAACGGAAUGGGGGUCUCAGAGUGUUGUGUUUACGUAUUUCCAAGGGGAUAUUAACAGCAUGGUAGAUGAACAUUUUUCUAGAGCUCUAAGCAAUGCCAAAAACCCGCAAGACCUGAGCAUGAAGCACAAGAGCGAGGCUGUUGUCCUGAAGCACGAUAGCGUGUCUCCCCAUCAGUGGAAUUUCUCUUCACAUUGCUCCAAACCAUAUCCGUCAUCAUCCACUACGAGCAUGUCAAAUUCCGGUCUGAAUUUUUCUGCUGCUGGUAUGGCAGGCCAGUACCAGUCUUCAGCUCUGCGGAGUCAUCCAGCUCAACCUGUGGAUUUAUGGCCCUUCCCUUCCAUUGGUUCUCCCAGUCUUUCCAGCUCGGUAUAUCAUCAUGCCUUGCCUGACCUGCACAUGGCAGAUGAACCGAUCUCUGACAGGAAAUAUGGUUCUCUUCUUGGUCUUCUGCAACAGGAAAGAUGCCUAACAUCCAUGCAGGAAUGUACCAUGAAGCAACACUCUAGUUCUGCUUGCAUUACUGGACCUGCUAGGUUACAAAAUAUAAGUCAAAGUUUAACUCCAGGGGGAGAGAGGAAAGCAAGCUCUUACCAAGGCUCAGAAAAUCCCAGUGCAAGCCAUGCCACCGCAGGAAUACAGACUCAUGACAGAAGACGAGAUUUGUACUUUUAGCAACUGAAUGUUUCUGCUUUAUUCAUAAAGAGAGCUCUUCCUGUGAACCCCGACCAUUUGCAACUGUGAAUCAAGAAGAAAUGGACUGCAACUAUUCUGUGCUUUUUCUCUCAGCUGGAAGGAUGCGUGUACUGUU